AUGCCAAAAGUGAGGACAAACCGGGUCAAAUACCCAGAGGGAUGGGAGUUGAUUGAGCCUACGCUUCGCGAACUGGAUGGGAAGAUGAGAGAAGCUGAACUCGAUCCACAUGAUGGCAAGAGAAAGUGCGAAGCUCUGUGGCCUAUUUUCAAAAUCACACAUCAAAAGAGCCGAUAUAUAUAUGAUCUUUAUUAUAGAAGGAAUGAGAUAUCUAAAGAGCUCUAUGAGUUCUGCUUGGAUCAAGGUUAUGGGGAUCGUAACCUAAUUGCAAAAUGGAAGAAGCCAGGAUAUGAACGAUUGUGCUGUCUCCGCUGCAUCCAGCCCAGGGAUCACAACUUCGGCACAACUUGUGUGUGCAGGGUUCCCAAGCAUCUGAGGGAAGAGAAGGUUGUUGAGUGUGUGCAUUGUGGUUGUGGAGGCUGUGGAAGUGGAGAUUGA